GGCCACGCUUCCGCGUCUACACCUGCCUCGCACGCCGGCUCAGCGUUUGCAGGGGGGAGCAAGGUCGCGUACGACCCAAGAGACCUCCAACAAGACGACGAGGAUGCUAGGACCGGUGGAAAGAUGCCAAAGCUCACCAUCAUGGAAGAGGUUCUCUUGCUCGGCAUCAAAGAUAGACAGGGCUACCUCUCCUUUUGGAAUGACAACAUCUCAUAUGCCCUCCGUGGCUGCAUCCUUAUCGAGCUUGCUCUUCGCCGACGAAUCGCGAUACACAAAGACCCGAAUCGCCGGCGCUUGCCCCUUUCCGAGCGCAUUGUCGAAGUCAUCGACGAGCGCCAGACAGGCGAGACCAUCCUUGACGAGACGCUUAAGAUGAUGAAAGCUCAAGAAGUAGAGCGUAUGUCCGUCAACAGUUGGAUCGACCUGCUUUCCGGUGAAACUUGGAAUGUCCUUAAAAUCGGCUAUCAACUCAAGCAGGUCCGCGAACGCCUCGCCAAGGGUCUCGUCGACAAGGGCGUACUUCGCACCGAGAAACGCAACUUUUUGCUUUUCGACAUGGCCACCCAUCCUGUCGCCGACGUUCGCACCAAAGACGCAAUCAUCCAGCGCGUCGUCGCGCUCCUCACUGCCAGCACGAGCUCUAUCCCUGCUACAGCCCUCGACCGAGAGGGUGUCCAGAUGCGUAAUCUACGUGCAGUAUGUCUUGUUUGUGCUGCAUAUGCCGCGAGCGUUCUCGACAACGCGUUUGGGCGGUUGGGGUACGAGGAGAGAGAGGCGGCAUUUGGGAGAUGCGACGAUAUACUUGCCGAGUUCUCCGUAUGGCCGUUCGGCAACGCAGGCGGUGGAGGAGGUGGGAGCACUCCAGGAUCGAGACGGAGGGAAGGCACGCAGAUCGGGAUGGGUGGAUCCGUGGGUCGAAGAGAGGUGGUCCUGGGGCUAAUGCAGGAAGUGAAGAAAGAAAUGAUAGGCGGCGACGAGGAUUUAGGCUGUGAACUCGUCGCAGGCGUGUUGGAAGUCUUGAGCAAGCUCGAUUCGCUGCUCUGAUGUCAGAGAGAUGUGGGCUGGUAUAGACGCCACUGUUUGGGAUUGAAGGUCUUCUCAUGCUCCAUGUGCUACUUCAUGUGCGCCUGUUCGUGCCUCCAGGUCGACGACAACCAUAUACGUUAGGGAAACGGCCUUCAUAGGAAGCAAUCGCCGCGUUUUAAGACUGC